CCAAAAUCGUGGAGGAUUAUUCUAAACCCAACCCCUGAAGUUAUUAGGAAUGAAACAGAACAAAAUUUUGAACUAAUACUAAAAAAAAUGUUUCCUACUAAUCAUAAAACAAUAUUUGUAUUAGAUCAUACACCAUAUUUUGGGAUAUCAUCUGACAAUCCCAUUGACUUUGAUGUUGCUAAAAGCAGAGGUCCUGGAUAUGUCCCACUACCACCAGUUUGUAAAUCAUUAUGGACUUGUAGUGUUGAGGCGGCUGUCGAAUAUUGUCGUAUUGUUUGGGAUCUUUUCCCUGAAGGAAAACUGGUAAGGUUUGUUGUAAGUGACUCCUCUGCACACAUUUUAAAUACAUGGGCCACUACACAACAAAAUAUUACACAUAUUCUCAAUGGAUUAUGUCUUGUUGGUCCUGUACGCCGUGGAGCUGGUGGUGAUGUUGUAGGAUUAUGUGCAGCUAUUGAAGGCUUGGCUGAAUCAUCCCCAACACAAGCUACUCGUCCACCUCCAGAGAGGCAUUUUCAAAAUCGUGGUCGAAUUAUAUGUAUAACAAGUGCAAGAGAUGAUGAUUCAAUCAGAAGUCUUGCAGAAAUUGCUCUCAAUACACUUGUACAACAAAACAAAAAGGCAUCAACACCACAGCCCCCAACUACCGGAGAUGCAACAACAAGCUCACAAAAUUUAGUUGUACACUAUUGCCAUUUAGUAAUAAUCAAUGUUACUCCUGAAAAAGCAGAUACGAGGGUCAAUAAUCAACCAGUAACUGAGAUGGGAGGUGGUCUAAUGAGUGUUGAAGUGAUAGUCUGUCGUGCAAGUGCCCUGGCAAGUUUAUUAGGUCGACUGGUUCUCCCACAUUAUAAAUUAGCUAUAACAACUGUUACUGGCAUCCCUAUGAAGGAAGAACAAAAUGCAAGUUCCAGUGCCAAUUACGACGUUGAAAUUAUUCACUCAGCUGAGGCUCAUGCAGGUUUACGAGCAACACAGACGGCACAGGAGGCUACUGAAUCGGUGGUGCUGCGCUGGUGGACGCCGCGCGGCGCGGAGGGCGGCGCGGGCGGCUGCAACGGGCCGCUGUGGCGCGUCACGCCGGCAGACGUCGCGUCCCGCCCCUCCGCCUGCCUCGUCAACUUCCUGCUCAACGGGCGCUCCGUCACACUCGAGGUGCCCAGGAAAGGAGGUGGGCGGUCGGCGUCGCACGUGCUGGCGGCGCAGGGCGGUGAGCUGUGGAUCGGCGCGCUGGGCGGCCGCACGCCGUACGACGACCCGCCCGCGCUGUCCGAGGGCGCCGGCGGACGUGUCACCGACUACAGAAUUAAAGAGUUCGGUGCAUUAAUGCAACAAAAUAAAUUGCAUCCAUUACGUGGUGCGGGCUCGAACGCCCGAUCGCGGGCCCGACUUCAACGGCAUACCACGUAUUGGCCGCUGACAAUAUCGUCGACGCUUAUAUUCAACUUGGGUUCUGUAAUGGAACCAUUGACGCGAUUAGUAGUGCAAGAAUCGCUUACGGAAGAAGAAGUUGAUUCAUGUCGUGGGGUACUACUCUCUCUUCUCGGUAUGGAAUCACGCCACGAGUUCCCAUCUGCACAACUACCGUCUAAUUUAAGAGGGAAGUCGUCGGGUCGUCGCGAGGAGCAAUGGCGUCAAGUGUGGGGCGAACUCGAAGCUCUGAUCCGCGCGCAUUCCGCCUCCCCCGCACACCGCGCCCUACUUCGCACGUUGCUGGAGUGCCGCUCGCACAACAACCAUGGUGCGGAAGGCGAUUCAUCUCGAGCGACAGUCAUAAGAGCCACGACAGACUCGCCGCUGUCGCCAGUAGGUGCGGGUAACGGGAACGGUAGCAGCGACGUGUGGGCGCCGCGGAACGUGCUAGACGCGCUGCUCGGGGCGCCGCGCCCGCCGCGCCGACCUGACUUUGCCGGGCGAAUGGCAGCUGGCAGUCGAGUUGCUACGCUUUAUCCACAUUUGCAGCAAGAUGUGGAAGCACCACAUUGAUUUUUUUUAAAAAGAUUCUCAGAUGGUAUAAACAAUCAGUGCAACAUUCUAAAAAAUUUAUAUGUUUGGGUGAUGUUGUAAGUAGCACGAUUGACAUGCAGUGUCAUCAGUUG